GAGGUUAACUUUGUUAUAAUUAACUGGAUUGAAUUUUUAUUUAUUCACUUUUUUAAUUCCAAAAUUUUUUAUCUUACAAUACAGUGGUGCAGGAUCAAUGAGUGGGAUGUCAGGUUAUGGCAUUUCUCAUAAUUCUAGGAAUUUCAUUUCUCAAAAUUUAUUAGGGGGGAGUUUACAGAAUACCUUUUCAUCGAGUCCUGCUCUAGAUCUAUCAGAGUUUCCAUCACUUACCAAUAGAAGUACUCAGGAUACAAAUUCCAAUCCUUCACUUCCUCCUAAUCCUAUGGCAGGGAGACCUCAGUAUGUUGGGAUGGUGAAACAACCCACCAAUGAGUCAAAUGAGUUUCAGAUUCAUAGUGAAGAUUUUCCUGCAUUACCAGGAUCUCAGAAUCAAGACAAUAGUCAAGAAGCUCUUAACAAAUCUUCCUGUGGAAUAUCUCUGGAAGCGACAAAGGAGGGAAGUCGUUUUCUUGAGAAAUCUGCCACUCAGUGUCAAAAAAGAGGAAUCCAAACAUCUAAAGAAGGAAGGGUGACGAAUAUUCCUGGAGGAAUGGUGAUGGAUCAAUUUGGAAUGGUGGGUUUGUUGACGUUUAUUCGUGUGGCGGAAACUGAUCCAAAUCUAGUGUCUCUAGCUCUAGGGAGUGACUUAACAACAUUAGGGCUCAAUCUUAACACUCCAGAAAGCCUUUAUCCAAAUUUUGGAGGACCAUGGUCUGAACAGCCUUGUAGGCCUCAAGACAUAGAUUUUCAUGUGCCAUCGGAAUAUCUGGUCAACCAGAGCAUAAAAGAGAAAUUAGCUCCAAUCAAGCUAAAUCGGUAUGGUGAAGAUCUCCUCUUUUUUUUAUUUUAUAUGUUCAGUGGUGAUAUUCUUCAGUUGGCAGCAGCAGCAGAAUUGUACAACCGGGACUGGAGGUACCAUAAAGAUGAAAGAGUGUGGAUCACCCGUGCUCCGGGUAUGGUGCCUACAGAAAAGACCAGCACGUACGAAAGGGGUACUUACUACUUUUUUGAUGCAGGAAAUUGGAGAAAAGUGGCCAAAGAAUUUCAUCUGGAUUAUGAUCGGUUAGAAGAACGUCCCCACAUGCCUCAAACUCUACACUACAAUCCUGCCCAAUCAAUGAUGGCAUAGGACAAGAAGGAUCGUUAGUCUUGCAGUGAUUUUUGUCAUUUUGCAUUUGGUUCUACUGCUGCCGGAUGGAUCCAGCUUGUUUUUUCUUUAUGAAAGAAAUCAACACCAAAAGAGGAAAACUACAUUUGGUAACAAAAGUGCAAAUAAUUAUCUGUAUUGUAAGAUUCUUUUGCACUAUCUGACAAGAAUAUUCUUAAUCCUAUUCUGAGAAGCUUUAGUUCCCACAAAUAUUUUUUUUGGAUACUUUAUGUUAAUUAUAAUUUAUAUAGAUAGAAAAUUUAAUAAGAAUACAAAACAAAAAAUGAGUCCGUGUAUAUAAAUAGAUAAAAAAGAAUUUUAAAUUUUCAAAGAAAAACAUGGAGUAUUUUAACUGCGACAUUGUCCUUCUAAAAUUCUCUAUUGAUAGCCAUAUAUCACCACAGUUUGUAAAAUUAUCAUGUUUUGUAAUUAGAAUUUUGGUGGAACUUCCAAAUUCUAUAAAAAUAUAUAUUAUAUAUAUUACUAUACAGAUAAUUAUUAUCGAAAUCGUUCGAUAUACAAAACUACAUAUUUUUAUCUGACAGUCAUGUCUGUAUUAAAUUAGUUACAGAGAACUUUUUAAAUUGGCUAAGUGAGGCAGUAUUUAUUUCAAACACAAUUUUCAAGUUUGAAAAUUUGAUCAUUUUAAAACAAUCAUAUAUUUAACUUAAAGGAAGAAUGGCAAUCCAGUUUGAAGUCUGCAGACAAAUGAAGCCUGUUAUGUCAGUCGUGCAUCACUGUAAUGUAUAUGAUAAUUUUGUUACAUCAACUGCAAAUAAUUCACUGCACAUAAUUAAGUUUUUGUAAAAUAUUUCAUCUUGAACGUCAUUAGAGCUCAUUUGACAACAGUGGAAAUAAAAAUUGGUAUAUUGAAUAAAGUUUUAAUUUCUUGA